AUGCCGGUCUACCACGUUGGUAUGCGCUCUAGUCUACUUACACACGAACGCGGGUAUCGCAUCACAGCUCUCAGAGACCUGACCGACUCUACAGUACUUUUCCGCCUGAAGCCGAACGUAAGUCAGUCGCAAAUAGCGAUAUGGGCACAAACGGCAAAGGAGAUGGUUGGCAAGAUUCCAGGCGACUACCCAAAUUAUAUAGGCCUCGUUUCAUUGCAAGCAGGCCAGCCGCUGUCAAUUUGUAUUCCUCGCGCCAAGGGCUUUGAUAUGGGGCUUGUAGCUGUCUUGGAGAAGGCAGAAGACGUUACGACUUAUGCAGUUCACCCUGCUCACCUGGAGGUGCAUAAAAUGAGGGAAGAGCUGUGUGAUGACACAUUGGCGUAUGACCUGGAGUUCUAA